GCGUGAAAGUGCUUUUAUGGUAACGGAUGGAGUGUAGCUGUUGGCGGCUCUUAAUAUUGACUUUUCCUCGGAACGCGUUAACUGUUGCCGUAAUUGAUCCUUAAAGAUGAUCAGCCACGUUCCGGUCCGACGCACCCGUCAGAGUAUCGUGCACGUUUUCUUUAGCGCUCGCGGUUUGAUUUACAGAUAACUUCCAUGUGCGCUCAGGGAUGACAUUCAGUCGUCUGUGCUUUGAUUCGUAGCUCCGCUCCUGCUGACUGAACCGAGCCCCGUGCGCGCUAUGACUUGGUUCAAACUUUGCGCUGCGGCCGCGCCGCUGAACCGCUGAGGGCGCACAUCAUGUUAGGAAGCCCGUCGAACAACGGCGGCCUCAGGAUGCUGGUGCCACCGGCUCCGAACGAUGACAGGCGGGUGGAGUUCGUGGCUCUAACCGCCGUGCACACGGAGAGGAGCGAGCCGUCCACCCCGGAGCGCAGCCACCCGUCGCACCGCACGGGUCUGCUGGGCACCCCGCGGCCCGGGCCCCCCGGACCUCGGGCCAACACCUCCGCCUCAAGCAAACGCUUCAGAAAGUUGCAGAACUGUCUGUACAACGUGCUGGAAAGACCACGAGGAUGGGCGUUCAUCUACCACGCGUUCAUAUUCGUGCUCGUGUUCAGCUGCCUGGUGUUGUCCGUGUUCUCCACCAUCCCCGACUACCAAGCGUUCGCCAACGAAUCCCUCUUCCUCCUGGAGUUUGUGAUGAUUGUGGUGUUUGGGUUGGAGUACUUCAUCAGAAUCUGGGCGGCUGGCUGCUGCUGCCGAUACCGCGGAUGGCGGGGACGGCUGAGAUUUGCCAGGAAGCCUUUCUGUGUCAUCGAUUUCAUAGUGUUUGUGGCGUCGGUGGCGGUGAUCGCUGCGGGCACGCAGGGGAACAUCUUUGCCACCUCGGCCCUGCGUAGCAUGCGCUUCUUACAGAUUUUGCGCAUGGUUCGUAUGGACCGGCGAGGUGGAACCUGGAAACUCUUGGGCUCGGUGGUUUACGCUCACAGCAAGGAGCUGAUUACGGCCUGGUAUAUCGGGUUCCUGGUCCUGAUCUUUGCCUCCUUCCUUGUGUACCUGGCAGAGAAAGACAGCAACACUGAAUUCAACACCUAUGCAGACUCCCUCUGGUGGGGAACGAUCACACUGACCACCAUUGGCUACGGCGAUAAGGCUCCCCGUACCUGGCAAGGACGUCUCCUCGCUGCUGUCUUCGCUCUUCUGGGAGUUUCCUUCUUCGCGUUGCCUGCUGGAAUUCUGGGGUCAGGCUUCGCUCUAAAGGUUCAAGAGCAGCACAGGCAAAAGCACUUUGAGAAAAGGAGGAUGCCUGCCGCCAACCUCAUACAGGCUGCAUGGCGUCUCUACUCCACAGAUGCCAAGCGCUCCUAUCUAACAGCCACAUGGUACUUUUAUGACAGCAUGCUGCCGUCCUUCAGAGAACUGACGCUACUGUUCAGUCACCUGCAGCGACAACGUAAUACCAAGAAGGUUCUCCACAACUCCCAUCACACGCUGCUGUCUGGGCUGCGGCCCUACAGCUCCCCCUACCUGUCGGGGGACAGUCAGCUCCUUUCUAAAAAACGGGGUCUCUUCCGGAUUCACGGUGGCCGUAAGCAGAGUGGUAAAAUAGGAUUCAGGGACCGGAUCAGAAUGAACAAUUCCCGAUCAUCCCAAACAAUUCGGAGCAAGGCCUCGCCGCUACCCCCAGGCUCCAGUGUGCGGCUCUCUCCCAGCCAAGAAAACGUCCCAGAAGCCUCCAGUCCAGGCAAAGUGCAGAAAAGCUGGAGCUUUAACGACCGCACACGCUUCCGUACUUCCCUUCGCCUCAAACCGCGUCCAGCAGCUGAUGUGGAGGGGGUCGCGGAGGACAGCGUGGAAGACAAACCAUAUUGUGAUGUGGCCAUGGAGGAUGUAAUCCCAGCGGUGAAGACGCUGAUACGAGCUGUGAGGAUUUUGAAGUUUCUUGUGGCUAAGAGGAAAUUUAAGGAGACGCUGCGUCCGUAUGACGUGAAGGAUGUCAUAGAGCAGUACUCCGCUGGACACCUGGAUAUGCUGGGUCGGAUAAAGAGCUUGCAGUUGCGGGUAGACCAAAUAAUUGGGCGGGGGGCCAUCCAGCCAGAUAAGAAGAUGCGCCCUGAAAAAGGAGAGAAAACACCCCCAGAACUGGACCCACUGGAUGAGCUAAGCAUGAUGGGACGUGUAGUCAAAGUGGAGAAACAGGUGCAGUCUAUAGAGAACAAGCUGGACCUCUUGCUGAACGUCUACUCCCAGUGCCUAAAGAAAGGCUCGUCCAACUUUACCCUUUCCUCCCUCCUGGACCCUGACCUGACGUCUGACUACCACAGCCCCACGGACCAAAGAGACCUUUUCCCUUCCGCUAACACACUCAACAUCUCCCAGUCUGAGAGUGGCACUUUGGAGUGACAGUGCCUGAACUGUCAGCUUCACUUCGUUAAUACUUUUCAUGAUUUGUCUACAAAGACUCGUGCCCCCAGACUCAAGUUUGCACCCCGUUUCCUCAGAGAAUGGAUGGAGGCUACCAGCCGUGGCUCCACAUGAGCUCGAGCCUCAGCCAAAGCCGCUCGCCGCACACCGAGACAAAAGGAUGAAUGAACACUACGCAACUACUACUUGACUACUGAACCAAUUUCACCCCCUCAUACUCUCUAUGCUUACUUCAAAGCUGCAACUGUGUAGAUAAUUUUUCAAAAUGUCUGGAGCAACCUCUGGUUUUUCUUGCUGCUUGAAUCAGCUGACUGAUAGUUCAAUCAGCACCGGCGUGCCAGUCUUUUUUAUUUAUUUUUUAUUUUAAGAAUCUUUCAUAAUGGAGUUGUAUAUUAAAGGCGUAACCACGGGUGUGUGUAUUGCGAAGGAGGCUAAGCUACCACCGUCAGUUGUAACUGCAUCACUUUUAUGUGAUAUGUCAUAAAGUUCAGCCCACUUGUCUUCAUUAUGUGACACCUCUAUCUCAGCGAUAUCAGGAUGUUUGUUCAUGUAAGCUCACGGGCACAGGCUUGGAAAGGGCGAGGACUGGUUGCAAUCUGAAACUUCACCAAUAGAUGUCACUGUAAAUUACAUUAUGCACCUUUAACAAAUUUAUUAACAAGCUUCCACCCGUUCCAUAGAUUAUUUCAAGUUGCACCUUGCCCUUACUGAAAAUUGUGGUUCAACUCGCCAUGUACAGAGAGUCAAGAUACAAAGGGGGGGGGGGGGCCCUCCAGCUUUUUAAUAUACAACUCUAUGGCUUUUGGAGAACUUGACUGCCCCCGAGUAAGGGAUGUGCACUGCACAGCGCUGUUUGCUGGUUUCAUUUUUCGGAUCUCUGUUCUUGCUUUCAGACAUCUGUUAUCCAGCAGGCCCACAUGCAAAAAAGAGAGGAAAAAACAAAAGCUUUUUGUGCUCAUUCAUGUGAGCAAUGUAAGUACUUAUUUAGGGAUCCCCACUUUUACCUCUUUGAUUGUUCCAGUGAUCUAAAGCUAACGCGCCCCUUUAAUCCCCUCUGUCUUGCAGCCCACCCUACACACAUGCACGUUGUCAGGGAAACAAAAAACAAAAACACUUUCCUGCUGUUCAUUGCUCACAUGUAGCCUCAGGUCAGCUGGUUCAGGUAGUCGGUACUAAUUCAACCCGCUUCAUGUUAAGGGGGAUUCUUCUCACUCUUUUAACCAUUAGAGACUCCCGUAUAUGUUAUAUGUACGUGAGUCAGCAGCUGUGGAGGCGACAUAGAAACGGGCCAGUUUUUAAUGGCAAACAUCCUUAAAGGGUGCAGCGCAUGAAUUUCAGGCCAUUAUCACUUUGAAUGCACGUGUCUUAGGAAACUGCCUUACAGCUUCACGACAAGUUGUGUAAUCAGUAUUGAUCUUUUAUUAUUUUUUCCCUUUAUCUUUUUUUUUUUAAAUGUAUGAAGCACACUGAACGCUCUGUGCUAGCACGGACAAAACUGGAGAGUGUACAGACACACACAUACACACACAGCAAUUUCUUAAAUACUCCAGGAGGCACUUGAUAAAUUCAUGUUUGUCAUGUAUAGAUUUGUUUUUAUUUGUUUUGUAUCAAUGCACUUGAUUUUGUGCAU